AUGAAUGAGGCAUAUAUGAUAUAUGGAGAUUCUUUAUACAUUAAAGGAAAUGAUAUGGAGUUAUUUCAUUUUCUUACUGGUGGACCACAAAAUAUUAUUUUUGCUCCUGUUACAAUUCAUAAAAAUAUUGAAAAGAUCAAAAAAUUGAUAUUGGAAUAUAAAUUUGCACCUUUUCCACUUAGAAAUCGUAACAGUACUAGAGAAGAGGAUGAAACAUACCCUUCUUAUGAUGGAUUUGAAAAUAAUAAACAACUUAAUGUUAUUGCUAGAAGUAUAUUAUUAAAUUUAACAUUUGUUAAAUAUUGGAAAGAAAUUGGAUAUUAUAAUGUUUGUGAUCAUCUUAAUUCUUUAGUAUUACAAGGUGCUUUUCUUAUUCUCUUUCCACCAAAUUCAGCAAGUUUUAUUAAUAGUAAAGAGUCUCUUGUAAAAAGGUUAAAAGAAUUGAUAGAAGUAGGAUUUAUCUUUAACGAUAAAGUUAUUUUUGAUAUUUUUUUACUUGAAGUAAAUCAUAUUGAUGUGAUUGGUGAUGUUAUUUUCAGUUCUUUUGUAGAAAUAUUGAAAUCUGAUAAUUUUAAAAUAGUUCUUUAUGAUAAAUUUAUGACAGAAGCGAAUGAUGAUUUAAGGAUAAAAUUGAUUAAUUUUAUUUCAAAAUAUCAUUAA